GUGGUGAAUGUGUUUUCGAGUGCCUGCAGAGACGUGUUUGUGGUGAACUGAGUGCGUUUGCAUGCAUCUAUAGUGCCUAGAGAUGCAGCAGAGUGGUACAUAAAGCCAGGAAACUCAUAUGUACACUUCAGCAUAGACACACUGAGGCUGCAGAAGAUCACACACAGAAUGAGAGUUUUGCUUGCUGUCGCCACUCUUGUGGUCGUGGCUGGUGUUGCCAGUGUCUCCCUAAAGGAUCUGGAGUUCGAUGUCUGGAAACUGAAGUUUGGUAAAACCUACAGUUCAGAGGAAGAAGAGUCUCAGCGUAAGAUGAUUUGGCUGAUUAAUCGUAAGCUGGUCCUGGAGCACAACAUGCUGGCUGACCAGGGUCUCAAAAGCUACAGACUCGGCAUGAACCAGUUUGCAGACAUGGACAUCCAGCAGCUCAAGGGCUCCUUGGGAACCGUCAAUGGGACCAAGACCCACAGCUCAGCUCCAUUCCUCCAACAAGCAGAGGACGUUGGUCUCCCUGCCGCUGUUAACUGGACGAACGAGGGCUAUGUGACCAGUGUAAAAAAACAAAGUAUCUGUUUCUCUUCCUGGGCCUUCAGCGCGGCGGGGGCGCUAGAGGGUCAGAUGUUUCGAAAGACGGGAAAGUUGGUGUCUCUCAGCGCACAACAGCUGGUGGACUGCUCAUGGAUUCAAGGAAACAGUGGCUGUGCAGGUGGUGGUGUGGAGAGUGCCUUUCAAUAUGUUUUGGACAGUGGAGGUCUGCAGGAAGAGAACACCUAUCCAUACGCAUCCAGAGAGGGGGUAUGCAAGUUUAAUCCACAGAAAGUGAGCGCCACCUGUGGCGGCUUUAAGACCCUGUCUGUUGGAGAUGAGAUUCUGUUGCAGAAAGCUGUGGUUGCGAUUGGACCCAUUUCCGCAGCCAUAGACACCAGCCCAAAAAGCUUCCUGCUCUAUCAGUCAGGUGUGUAUGAUGAGCCGGCCUGCAGCAGCACUAGGCUGACUCACGCUGUCCUGGUUGUUGGUUACGGCACUGACUGCAGUGGACGGAAGUACUGGCUGGUCAAGAACAGUUGGGGUGUUCAAUGGGGUGAAAGAGGCUACAUCAGGAUGUCCAGGAACAAGGAUAACCAGUGUGGUAUUGCCACAUACGCCAUGUACCCAGAAGUGUAAAGGUAUAUUGUCAUUACUGUGGCUCCAUCCUUAUCCACAGAGUUGAGUUUGGUUCUAGUGUCAGGUGCAGUUUUUUUGUAAUGAGCACUGGAUACCCCAGUGGUCAGACGUUUUUAAGGUCACUGGAGUUCAACUAGUCUAGUGACCAAAAACAUUGCCUAUAACAAAAACAUGUUUAGCAUAUUUAUGUGUUAUUGUUUUGCCCAGGAAACUGCUAAAAAUGUUUUAGGAGGAUCAUAUUAAAUAUAGCACACAUUUUGUACUGUUUACAGAGGUCAGAAUUCUCAAGCUAGAACACCAAAAUUGGGAAAAGCCCACUAGCAUUCAUCAAACAAGUUUUUUUUCCCCCAUAGGAAAAAAAGCAAAGUUGAGAAAAUUAAAAUCUAUCUGCUGCAAAUGAGUCAAAAAGGAUGCCUCUCACUCUGCUGAUGAGGCAUUAUAUACAUAUUCACAUAGUACACACACUAGUACAGGUAUAUACACACAUAUUAGCAUCUGGGAUACCAUAGCGACAGACUAGCAAUACCUUAGCAAGCAUCAAAGCAAUGGCCAAGCAACACCAUAGUAACCUCCUGGGAUAGUAGUUCAGUUCACAGUUCACAGUACUUUAUUUGUCCCCAGAGGGCAAUUCAUUUGCAGCCUUCUCGUCCAUACACACACAACUAUACACAUAUACACAUAUACACACAAACACUAUAUACUAUCAUUUAAAAACAAUAUUAUCCCGAUUUAACAGCUUGAUAGCAGAAGGAAUAAAAGAUUUGGAAUAGCGAUUUGUUCUACUGAAGGGCGUGAUAUAACGCCGACCUGACGGCAUUACCGUAAAUUCACUGGACAAAACAUGAUCACCCUGAGUGAUGAUUCCUUUUGCUUUCUGAGCUACUCGUUUCUCCCACAGGGAGACCAGGUCUCCCUGAACUCCAAUUAUCUUUGAACAAAUUUUUACAAUGCCUUUCAUUGUAAAAAUUUGUUCAAAGAUAAUUGGAGUUCAACAGAGAGACCUGGUCUCCCUGUGGGAGAAACGAGGGAUAGUAUAGUAAUGGCUUAGCAUCACCUUAGCAACCACUGGAGAUUUCAUAGCAGCAGCUUUGUCUCGCCAACUUAAAGCUCAUCCGCAAGCUCUUCCCUUCUAGUUGUUAUUGUUUUUUUAUUUGUAAGCAUCUUUUGAUAUUGUAUAUUUAUUUAGAUAAAGUACGUUGAACUGCAUUUGAUUUUCUAGCUGACCUCAUUUACACAGGGGUCAUGUUUAUGUCUCACAUGUGGAUUGAACAGGGUAAUUAGCCAGUAAGAGCUGCUAACUGAUAAUAACCCAUUUGGUUAUUAAUUGGUUGCUAAAGUGUUGCUAGGCCGUUGCUUUGGUGGUUGCUAAGGUAUUAAUUAACGUAUUAAUAACGGGCUAGACCAUGUCUGUGUAUCUUCUGGAGCCUCCCACCUUACAAAGCAUUUGAUAUUAAUUAUAACGUGCAUUGAUUAAUUAUGGUGUUUAAUGAUACAUGUUCAAAAAGGAUGGUUCUUUAGUGAAGGCAAUGGUUCUCUUUAGAACCAGAAUCAAUCCAUAAUCUACAUUGUCUAAUAUAUUGUAUCUUUAAUUAGGUUAGAACAUCAAGGACAUCAGCACUAGUAAGUUCUAUGAAAUGUUUCUACAGAUUGAUGAACACCAGACCCCUGAUGAACAUUUCAGGGAGCAGAUGUAGUCUGAGCAGCAACUACACCCCUAGUCUCACAGGGUCAGGUGUGAUCUUGUAACGAGAACACACAUGGAGGCACAACUUAAACUUAAACUGGUGUGAGAUUGUAGUGAAAUCAGCCGCUAAUAAGGAUAAGCCCCAUCUCAACCUCGGGCCCAGAUCGCUCCAGCCUGAUAUAUUCUAAAACUAAAGUGUAGUCUAACUAAUUUUCUGUUUACUUUUACCACAUGACAAACGGGCACGUCCUUGCCCCGCAUGCUGAUCACCCCUAACUAGUAGCCUUAACUCAGAUGUCGCAACCAAAAUGUUAAGAACAGGCGUUUUGUCCUUUUGACAAACAAACCACCUGUCAUGACAUUUUAUGUUUGUUUUACCAUCUUGGCUGUAAGUAUAUCUGUCAUGUAUGUGCUGACAGUAAAGGCUGAAAAUAUAAAUGCAAAUGCAGACUUUGCUUUGCUUUAACCUUUAGCUCAGUUAUAGCCGCUUUUCUAGCGC